AAUCAAUGGAUUCAAGCAUGUGAAUAUGACGUCAUCCUGCAAUUCAUAGGAGUUGAAAAACAUAGGUGGCGGUACCGCACCCCAACACUAUAGGCCCAAUUGUAAUUGACAUACGUACAUUGGUUGAUAACCUUCCAUAUGACUGUCGUCCCUGUUGGUAUUAUCUCUUCACAUGUCACGUCUUGAUAGAACCCGCAUUUUUCGGCGCGACGCGGGGUAAGUCGGCCGUCAACAGUUCCCAACAAAUUAGUUGGCCUAUUCAACGGAAAUACACUCGAGACAUGGCUGAUAUAAAAUUUUCUUCCAAGCAACACCACCAAUGGCCGAGGAUAAGCUCAUCAGCUGAUGGUAUUAUCUGCGCUUCGCCAUGGCACGAUCAUCUGUCUGGAAGUACGCCUUCAUACGGACGUCCAUAUUCUUCCUGCACCUGGUGGCACCCUUCAGCAUAUUCUAUUCGCUGGUCAGCUCGCUAGUCGACCUUCCGAUCCGUAUCCCCCGCAUACUCGAAGUAUGGCUCGUUCUCGAGAUGGUAUUCUACUGUGCUGUCUAUCUCCCACGCAACGCCUACCUCCAGAGGGUCGCGACUCAUCCCACAACUGCGUCUCGCGAAGAUCGCCGGAAGCUGUUCUGGCGCUGCCACAGAAACAUCCCAGAUCCGGACCAGUACUUGCAGAAAUGGUUCCGAAAUGCACCACCUUCGGAGAUCAAGCGGGAAAACGUCAAGGACUUCUUCCGAUGGGCGUUCUUGAACACUGGAGAUUCUGACCCGGCACACGACGAGGAGAUGGAGGAGUACGCUGGAGAGAUGGAGAAGCUGCUAGGGAGGAAGCUGGAACCAGGGCACGGCAACGCUCAGUGUCUUAGAUUGACGCUUGAUAAGGUCGAGAUGUUACACCGCAGUUUGACAUGGUAUCUGUGUGUGUUUGUCGUUGAUACGAUAGCGUCCGCCUAUAUGCACUAUCACUCCUUCGACUUCUACCGCACGUCAUUUCUCGCUAUUUUUCCUUUGCGCCCUUUCACUCUCUUAUCCGCGUAUCGCUCCCCUGCGAAAACCCUCACGUACUGGUACCGGCCGCAUAUGUCGACAACGAAACUCCCCAUCCUGUUCAUCCACGGUAUCGGCAUUGGACUCUACCCAUAUAUCAAUUUCUUGGGCGAUCUUAGUGCCGCGGACGCUAAGGAUCCGUCGGACGGACAGGUAGGGAUCAUUGCCAUAGAGAUCAUGCCUAUAAGCUCCAGGAUUACAGCUGAGGCACUGUUGAAAGAUGAGAUGUGCGAGGAGAUUAAUCGUAUAUUAAAGGCACAUGGGUGGAGUAGGAUUGUACUCGUAUCACACUCGUAUGGAAGCGUGGUUGCUGCGCAUCUCCUUCACACACCACAGAUUGCGCAAAAGAUUGGACCGAUUGUGUUUGUUGAUCCGGUGUCUUUCCUGCUACAUCUCCCUGAUGUAGCAUACAACUUUAUCUGUCGGAAGCCAACCCAGGCUAAUGAACACCUGCUCUCCUACUUCGGCUCCAAGGACAUGGGCGUCUCGCAUACGUUAUUCCGCCGCUUCUUCUGGGCUGAUAAUAUCUUGUGGAAGGAAGACAUCCAGGGCCAUCGCGUGACUGUUAUGCUAGCUAGCAGCGACAUAGUAGUCAACACGAAAGCAAUUGGGGCGUAUCUGACAGGCGCAGAUGAUUGGAUUUUGGAAACUAGUCACUGGGAAGAUGGAAUAUGGAGGGGUAAUGGGUUGGAUGUGCUAUGGUUUCAAGAUUUAGAUCAUGGACAAGUUUUUGACACGAGAAGGAUGAGAAGGAGGUUGGUGAAUAUUGUUAGGAGGUUUUGUGUUGAAGGAUAACUGCCUGUCACUGCUAUGAGCCCGAUGAGAGACGUGCACGUAUCUUAAGUCGCACGGCCAUCCAACGGUGGUGCAUCCAACAUAGCCUUAACAAAUAGACCUAGCACCUCGCAGUCUGGGCCUAUCCAGCUCCAGCC